AUGGCGGGGAAGGAAAUCACGCCUCUUUUCCGGGCGUGGUGCAGGUGGAAGAAGUUGCGGCUCCCGUGGCGGAGACAGUUUCUGGUCGGCCUCGAUCUGCAAGGCAACACGUACUGGGAGUUCCGCAACCGGGGCGCGCGCGUCGCCGAGGACGGGCGGUGGCGGCGCAUCGUGCAGUACCCGUCGGGCACGCACCUCGGCGACGUCAAGGUUCCGCCGCUGUGGCACCAGUGGCUGCGUCACACGCGCCACGACCCGCCCUCGCUCGCCGAGCAGCGCGGUGACGUUGCCCGCCAGGCCCGCAUGAAGGUGCUCGCCGCCCAGGCCGACGCCCGCUGGGCUGCCAAGCCGAGUCUGCUAGACGCUCUGCCGCGCCGCCAGGCCCCGCUGCCCGCCUUCUCGCCGCGUCCGCCGGUAGCCGCGCCACACCAAGAACAGCAGCAGCAGCAGCCAGAGCCGACAGAGUCUGCUGCUGCCGGUGCGCCGGUAGAUAGCAGCACCUCCGAGACUGCGCCGCCGCCUAGGCAAGACACGUGGCGCAAGAUGCAGCAAGACGCCAAGCCGGCACCGGCAGCGGCGCCGGGCCCGGACCCGUGGAAGAAAGCCCGCGGCGGGCCCGGCGAGGCGUGGCAGCCCCAGGCGUGGUCCCCGGGCUCGCCCAAGAAGCCAUGA